AUGCAGGCCACAGACAGUGAUUUGAGCGUCUCAUCUGACUCAAAUGCAGAAGAAAAUUUACAUGACAAUGAAAAAGACGAUGAUAGUGAAGAUGAUUCAGACGAUACGUCAGAGUACGAGGAGAGUGUUAUCUUUCAGAACGCUUGUCGAGAGUUUUACAUCAACAGAAAAAAUGCCACUGAAUCCUUCAAAAACGAUAUCCUGAAAGACCAAGAUAAAAGAAAUUACAAAAUGAAAAAGACCACUUCUAUUGACGACGCCAUGGUGCGACUGCGACGAGAAAUGGCUUCCUUGAUGGACCAAGACCUGACACUCAUGGAACAACUGUUGACCCUUAAUGAAACAAUAGAGGACAUCAAAGUGAAGAGACACUACGGCUCUAGUCGGGAAUCAUUCUACAGCUCAUGUGACUUAAACAGUGGGUCUGACUGGUCACUUCCGGCCAGUACGGGUCCAUUUCGUGGUUCCAGCUUUUUCACUGGAAAAGCUACUGUUGCUAUGUCAUCCACUGAAAAUCUGAGAGACGCUGGUGAUGGCCAGAUUUCGCAGGUUGAUUCUGGUUACAAUUCUCCGUGA